GUCUGAGCGGUCUAUGCUAGGCGCGCGGGCUCCCGCGCGGUGGCGGAGCGGGAUCAGGAGCGGGACUCGGCGCGGAGGGUGACUUUGGACACAGCAGGAGGAUGGCAAACUCAGUGCAAGGUGAUGGGACCCUCCCCAGCGUGGAGCUCUGGGCCUCCCACAACAAGAUGGUAAUGGAGCCUCUCGACAGCAACGACCCGGAGGUGUACAGCAUCAUCAAGAAGGAGAAGCAGCGGCAGAAGCUGGGGCUGGAGUUAAUUGCAUCGGAGAACUUUGCGAGCCGAGCAGUCCUGGAAGCCCUGGGAUCCUGCAUGAACAACAAAUACUCUGAGGGCUACCCAGGACAGAGGUACUACGGUGGGACGGAGUUUGUGGAUGAACUGGAAAGGCUGUGCCAGAAGCGAGCCCUGCAGGCCUACCGGCUCGACCCCCAGAAGUGGGGCGUCAACGUCCAGCCCUACUCAGGGUCUCCCGCAAACUUUGCGGUGUACACAGCCCUGGUGGAGCCCCAUGGCAGGAUCAUGGGGCUGGACCUGCCUGACGGGGGCCACCUCACCCAUGGAUUCAUGACGGACAAGAAGAAGAUCUCUGCCACCUCUGUCUUCUUUGAGUCCAUGCCCUACAAGGUCAACCCCAAGACCGGUUACAUUGACUAUGACCAGCUGGAGGAGAACGCCCGCCUCUUCCACCCCAAGCUGAUCAUAGCAGGUGUCAGCUGCUACUCGCGCAACCUGGACUAUGCCCGCAUGCGGAAGAUCGCCGACGCCAACGGUGCCUACCUCAUGGCUGACAUGGCCCACAUCAGCGGGCUGGUGGCUGCCGGCGUGGUGCCCUCCCCCUUCGACCACUGCGACGUCGUCUCCACCACCACCCACAAGACCUUGAGGGGCUGCAGGGCUGGCAUGAUCUUCUACCGCAAAGGCACCCGCAGCGUGGACCCCAAAACGGGAAAGGAAACACUGUACAACCUGGAGAGCCUCAUCAACCAGGCGGUCUUCCCCGGGCUGCAGGGAGGCCCACACAACCACGCCAUCGCAGGGAUCGCCGUGGCGCUGCGGCAGGCCAUGACGCCCGAGUUCAAGGCCUACCAGCAGCAGGUGGUGGCGAACUGCAAGGCGCUCUCGACGGCGCUGAUGGAGCUGGGCUACGACAUCGUCACUGGGGGCUCUGACAACCACCUGAUUCUCCUGGACCUGCGCAGCAGAGGCACGGACGGUGGCAGGGCUGAGAGAGUGCUGGAGAUCUGCUCCAUCGCCUGCAACAAGAACACGUGCCCCGGUGAUGUCAGUGCCCUGCGCCCCAGCGGCCUGCGGUUCGGGACGCCGGCUCUCACCUCCCGUGGCUUCCGACAGGACGACUUCCGCAUGGUGGCUCGGUACAUCCACAGAGGGAUCGAGCUGACGCUGCGGGUGCAGAAGGACAUGAGCCCCAAGGCCACGCUGAAGGAAUUCAAGGAGAAACUGGAGGAAGACAAGUACCGUGGGGAGCUGAAGGCCCUGAAGGAAGAAGUGGAAGCCUUCGCAGCGACCUUCCCGCUCCCCGGGCUGCCUGUCCUGUAAGGGGAGGUGCUUGUGCCCGCUCCAGGAGCCAUGAAGUACCCAGGAUCGUGGCACACUCGCAUCUCCAGCCCAAGACCAACACCCCAGUGCCUUCUCCCAGCACCUCCCCACUGGCCCUGGCUCCGGUGCUCACCUCUUACCUCUCCCUUCCCAUCUGGGGCACAGGACCCCCCAAGCACACCCCCUCCGGGAGGAAACCAGCCCCUUCACCACUCAGUGUCACAACUGGGACCGAGCACCAGGGAACCCUCAGCCUCACAGCCAGCCUGGGGUUUGAUCCAGCUCUGGCUGUGGGAGCAGCAGAUAAGGGUUAGGCAGCCCUGCCCACUGUCACCCCAACACCCCCUCACACAGCACUGGGGGGGGACCUGGAGGUCCCACCUGCCAUGAGCCACCCCCUGGGGCCAGGCGCGCUGUGCUUGGCUCCACAAGAGACUUCACAGCUGAUAAAAGCCUCCCUGGAUUCUGCCUCAAAAAUUUCCUUUUUGUGCCUUCCAGCCUCCGCAGGCUUUGACAAGGCCCAGCCUUGUCCCAAACCCACAGAGAACAGCCCCCCCGGGAUCGCCAUCCCGUCCUAUCCAGCCUCUCUGGAAUUUUCUCAGACCUCUGAGUACAAAGCUUAGGUAGAACCAUUUUUUAAUAAGCACGGUAAAAUUAAGAAUUUAACCACAAUGUAUGACAAGAAUUAUAAGCUUUAAAAAAUACAACCGUUUUUUUUUUUUUUUUUUGUAUUUCAAAAAUAUCUGAACCCAAAUAAAUAAUUUUUUUUUUUUUUUUUAAAAGUACAUUUCUCAAGACUAGUC